AACACUCAGCGUCUCCACACAGUCGUCGCUAUGAAUUUUACGGGUAAAGUUGUGAUUGUAACGGGCGCUAGUUCGGGCAUUGGUGCCGCUACCGCCGAGGCAUUUGCCAAACGUGGCGCUAAAGUAGCACUUGUCGGACGUAAUAUCGAGAAUUUGAAAUCCACUGAAGCCGCCUGUAAAGCAGCUAAUCCCAAAGCUGAAUUACUACUCAUCGCCGCCGAUGUCACUGUGGACGCUGAGCGCAUUAUCGCUACAACUGUGGAGAAGUUCGGCCAAUUGGAUGUGUUGGUCAAUAAUGCUGGUAUUUUGGCUUAUGGCAGUAUCUUAGAUAUAGGCUUGGAGCAAUUCGAUGCGUUGAUGAAUACAAAUUUACGUGCAGUCUUUCUGCUUACCAAAUUGUCGGCGCCACAUCUCAUUAAGACCCAGGGUAAUAUUGUGAAUGUCUCCAGUGUCGCUGGUUUGCGCACAUUCCCCAACACCUCAAGCUAUUGCACCUCCAAGGCAGCUGUUGAUCAAUUCACGCGUUGUAUUGCCUUGGAUUUGGCGCCGAAAAACGUACGUGUGAAUGCUGUGAAUCCUGGUGUUGUCGUAACGGAUAUUCAUGCACGCAGCGGCAUGACGGAGGAAGAUUAUGCUGAUUAUAUGCGUCGCGCUAAGGAGACGCACGCACUGGGACGUGUGGGCACGACAAAAGAAGUCGCCGAUACAAUUGCAUUUUUGGCAAGCUCUGAGGCGUCUUUCAUCACCGGCGCCACGGUGCCCAUCGAUGGUGGCAAGCAGGCUAUGUGUCCACGUUAAUAUACACACAUUUUUUACAUAAUUAAUUAGAUAAUUAAAUAGAGAUGAUGGAGCAUAUAAUAUUUUUUCUUCAAUAUAUUAAUUAGAAUGACCGAAUCCAACUUUGAAA